AUGAUUUGGUUUUGUCCAAUAUGCCGUUCGUCUGUGUCUCCGAUCCCAUCCGGAACUCUUCCGCGGCCUGGUACAAAACAGGUGACAGUCACGGUUCAAGAAACAGUGGUUGAACCAGCCCAGCCACCACCACCACAACCACAGGCCACCACUGUGAGACACCACCACGCCUCCAGCGCUACUAAGGAGUUGGAUGACUUGAUGGCAUCUCUAUCAGACUUUAAGCACGGCUAUUUCCAGUGGUGCGAAGAGUUCGCUCCCAACAUCAGCCGUCUCGCUCCCGCACGUGGAGAUCUGGCGGCUAAAGAUAGUUCAUAUUACGUCACAGGUGUAGUGGGGCCGUGGGAUUAA